AUGGUCAGUUAUCGCAGCUUUUUUGUCGCUCUAGUCCUAUUGCUAGUCACGCUCGAUUGUAGUUAUGCGUUUGCUGCAAAGAAGAAGGGCGGUGGCAAGAAAAGAGCGAGCACACCGAAGGGGUUCGGGGCUCCACCGCCAACCUUAGAGGAAGUAUUGGGCAAGUUUCGUAGCCGGGUACCACAAGAUGCCGAGUCGCGGCCUUGCCCUUGCGGGACGGGGAAAUCAUAUCGAGAGUGUUGUGGUCCAUUCCACGGAGGCUCACCAUGCUUGACGAUGACAGAUGUUCUGAGGUCUCGCUACAGUGCCUUUGCUUGGAGAAACAUCAAGCAUGUGAUAGCAACAACGCAUCCAGUCUGUCGCGAUUACAGAGAGGACAAAAUUGAAUGGGCUGAGGAUCUAAAUAAAAGCGGCAUGUUUGAUUCUUUUGAUUUUGUUAAGCUUGAAGCUGGACCCGAAGAGCCGAGUGCUGAUGAGGAAAACGAGGGAUACAUGACCUUCAAGGUGAUAAUUAGAGCAAAGGAGAAUACUGGGUCCGACCUUACAGGAAAAGAAACAAUCGUGAAGGAACAAUCUCGGUUCCUCUACAAUAGCGAUGAUGGAAGCUGGAGGAUGCUGCAAAACAUAAGAAUAAAUUGA